GGCGAUAACUGCAACGAGAUCGAGAGACGAGUGAGCGAGAGGGACCCCCGAUAGUGGGUCCACGCCGCGCUCUUCUCUCCGGGGUUUUAAUUCAGGUCAAGAGUAUCUUCGCCUUUUUAGACACAGUCCCGGUACACACGCGCGUGUCCCUAUCAACGAUUGCCUUUUAUGGCACGGUAUUUAAAAAUAUACAGUCACUCGUCGUCGGGUGACUUAAUCGCGCUCCUACCUACGUCAAAUAAGUCUCUUGCCGAUUUAUUCGCAUUUCACUCCCAACUAGAAAUUGAUCGUUCAGAGAACAUUUUAUAUUACGUGCAGUGACUAGUGACAAAGUUUUAUAUUACCGCAAAAGUGCACAAUGUAUGUCUACAGUUAUCAGGAAUUGGCUAAUAGAAUGAUGUCAUCUAUGGAGGAAUUUCAGGAAGCAUUUCAGUUGUUCGACAGUCGUGGGGAUGGAAAAAUUCACGUAUCCCAGAUUGGUGACGCGUUGCGCGCUCUUGGUCAAAAUCCAACCGAAUCGGAUGUAAAAAAAUUUACUCACCAACAUAAGCCAGACGAGCGAAUUAGUUUUGAAGUGUUCCUACCAAUCUAUCAAGCAAUCAGCAAGUCCCGCACAUCUGACACGGCAGAUGACUUUAUUGAGGGUCUGCGUCAUUUUGACAAAGAUGGAAAUGGUUUCAUAUCUUCCGCGGAGUUGCGACAUCUUCUAACAACACUUGGUGAGAAGCUCAGCGAUGAAGAAGUGGAGACAUUACUGGCGGGUCAUGAAGAUUCACAGGGUAAUAUCAACUAUGAAGAUUUUGUCCGCCAAGUGAUGUGCGGUUAAGUAGUUAUUUAAACGCAUAAAAAAAAAAUAUAUUAUCAUUUAUAUAUAGUUUACGCCACUGUCUGUCAAGUUUGUUAAAGCAUUUAACUAUCUCUUUUGAAAUAUCAUAUCAUAGUAUGUGUACAAUACAAUCUCUAAACGAUUUAUCUCAAAGAGAUUCUAAGGCAAACAUUAUUUUGUUAUGGUUUGUGUGUAAAAGAAGAUUUUAAUCUCAUAAAAAAAAAGUGUCUAAAUUAAUUAAACGUAUAUACAUAAAUGUGUGGUAGGGGGUUGAAGAAACAAUCUAGCGCAUUGUGCCUUGACGUAUACUCCGAUUUACAAGCAUUUAGUGAUAUCGAUAGUAAUCACACCUGUUGUGCGAUCCUGUAGCGAGAUAUCUGAAUUCCCCGUAUGGACAUUCCAAAUUUUUAUAAAGUUAGAUUUAAAAGAACAGAAGAUUUAUGCUCGAGCUUUAAAAUCGAGGACCCGCCACUUUGAUUUAUAUGCCGACACGCUUAAUGGCCUUGUACUUCUCUUCCUUUAUCGAGAUUAAACAUAUAUAUACAUGUAUAAUAUAUAUCUUCUGCGUGAGAGAUUUUUGGAAUAUGUUCGAGAAUCUUCCACUUUCACACUGUCACUUGGUCUGGAAAACCUGCUACAAGAAUACAUCUGUUCAUUUUAUUUAUUUAAGCAUAAGCGUAUUAUAUCUUUGAAAUGCGCAAGAAAGGAUGUACAUUGCAAUAAAAUAAAAAAAAAUUAAGUUUUAA